GUAAACAACAAUAAGGAAGUGAAGUCCCGAGAUGUCACGCAAAUUAUAUCAGGAGUGAUUUCUCAUUUUUUUGACGUGUAAUAGUUGUUCUUCUUUCACAAGCAACUGUAGCGAUGGAGGGCUCCAAGUCGUCGAGCACAACGAUGCAGGUCAGCUUCGUGUGUCAGAGGUGCUGCCAGCCGCUCAAACUGGACACAUCCUUUAAUGUGCUCGAUCGGGUCACAAUCCAGGAACUUAUAACUCCAUUGGUCACAGUGACUCCCAGCAAACAGACUGACAGUAGUGUGGGGGAGACAGCACCAGAGGAAACAUUUGUAGAAAAUAAGCAAGAUGGAGUGUCGAGAAAAUACAUCCCCCCUGCACGCAGGAUGAUGUCCACAGAGAGUGCCAACAGCUUCACACUGAUUGGAGAAGCAUCUGAUGGAGGCACUAUGGAAAAUCUAAGCCGGAGACUGAAGGUGACCAGUGACCUGUUUGACAUCAUGUCAGGCCAGACGGAUGUGGACCACCCGCUGUGUGAGGAAUGUACUGACACCCUACUCGACCACCUGGACACACAGCUCAACAUCACAGAGAACGAAUGCCAGAAUUACAAGCAGUGUCUGGAGCUGCUGUCACACCUGCAGGUGGAGGAGGAAGAGACACUGCUGACAGAGCUGCAGCAUCUGAACGAAGAGGAGGAGGCUCUGGUCCAGGAACUGGAGGCGGUGGAGGAGCAGAGGGCCGCUGUAGCCCAGGAACUGACCCAGAGCAGGAUCCACUCACAGCAGCUGGACACAGAGGAGAUGCAGUACCAAAAGGAGUACAGUGAGUUUAAGCGGCAACAGCUUGAGCUGGAUGAUGAGCUGAAGAGCGUUGACAACCAGAUGCGUUACUGCCAGAUUCAACUAGAUCGCUUGAAAAAGACCAACGUCUUCAACGCCACAUUUCACAUCUGGCACAGCGGGCAGUUUGGUACCAUCAACAACUUCCGUCUGGGUCGACUCCCCAGCGUCCCUGUAGAGUGGAAUGAGAUUAACGCCGCCUGGGGGCAGACGGUGCUGUUGCUGCAUGCUCUGGCAAACAAAAUGGGACUGCGUUUCCAGAGAUAUCGCCUGGUGCCAUAUGGAAACCACUCAUACCUCGAGUCCCUGACGGACAAAUCCAAGGAGCUUCCACUGUACUGCUCCGGUGGCCUGAGGUUCUUCUGGGACAAUAAAUUCGACCACGCCAUGGUGGCCUUCCUGGACUGUGUCCAGCAGUUCAAAGAGGAGGUGGAGAAAGGAGACACAGGCUUCUGCCUUCCUUACAGGAUGGAUGUGGAGAAAGGCAAGAUCGAGGACACGGGUGGCAGCGGUGGCUCUUACUCCAUCAAGACCCAGUUCAACUCUGAGGAGCAGUGGACCAAGGCACUCAAGUUUAUGCUCACCAACCUCAAGUGGGGACUGGCCUGGGUCACCUCACAGUUUUACAACAGAUAAACCCGCUGGACGAUGCUUUGGGAUGUCAAACCUCACCCAUAGUCAUAUGCCCCCCCCCCUAAUAACUGGAAACUGUGUGACUCUUAUCUGGAUACAUGAGCAACAGAAAAGGAAUGGUUACAUCAGUGCCAUUCUGCAAAUCCAUUCAGGAUUUUCAUGCAUAGUGCACAAAGCAUUGUUUAGAUUUUGUGUUUUUACAUGUUCCAAAGAGAUCAUAUGAGUGGCUGGAGAUAGAGAUUUGAAGUCCACUAUGGAAGCAAUAUGGCAGAGGACGUCUCUGUGGUUUAAAAGUGAGGAGGAUAACUGCAG